UGCAGAGAUUUUGCAGAAGGAAAAGUAGGAUCAUCAGAACAGAGCAUGCCAUUCCUUAAAAGAACUUUUCAAAAUCCAUCACGUUCGGCCCUGCUGGACGCUCAGUCGAAGAAAUGUGGGACACGUGCGACCGUUUUCUCCGUCAAUGGAGACCAAUACACCGGGGAGUGGCUCGACAACAAAAAACAUGGAAAGGGCACUCAGGUGUGGAAGUCCGGGAAUAUUUACAACGGUGACUGGAAGGCGGGAAAUUGUGACGGAUACGGCACCUUUAGUGUUCUUCAACGCAACACAAAGACAUAUGCAAAGAAGUAUUGCGGCGAAUGGAAAAAUGGGAUGAAGCAUGGCCACGGUGUAUACUUGUACAACAGUUCUUCAGUGUAUGAGGGUCAAUGGAAUGAGAACCAUCGAAGCGGUUGGGGAAGAAUGCUCUUUAACAGCGGAGACAUUUACGAGGGAGAGUGGAAAAAUGAUAAAGAGCACGGUUUUGGUAUCCUUCAUUAUGCAAACGGGAAUCUGUACGAAGGGUCCUGGAGGUACGGCGCGAAAGAUGGGAACGGAAAGUUGUACUACCGUGACAAAGCGCAACAGUAUCAAGGUCUCUGGGUGCGAGGGGAACCCAAAUGCGGGACUUUGGAGGACUUGGGAGAACAUGGGGCGCAACCGGCAAAGUGUCCAAUUCCACAGAACAAACUCAUGGAUAUGCAAAAAGUUCUUCAAGAGGCCAAGCUGGCUCAUCUCAAUCGCUGAUGUACGAAGCAAAUUUUUUCACAAAAUAAAGUUGAAUUUCUACUUCCAUGUCAGGACUGAUACACAAUGGGAAAGGUGUGAUCAUGUGCCCUUGAUGGCAAUAGAUGUCCAAUCCAUUUGAAAUGGGAGGUCUGGCAGCGAUUAAAUAGCCCUAACAGUUCAAAUUAGGGCUGCAAUUAUCGAUUAUUUUCGUAGUCGAUUAAUCGAUGAACCAUUAGUUCGAAUAAUCGAGUAAUCGGAUAAGGAACAUGAAAAAUUAAAUUACCUGAGCCUCAAACAGUAUAAUAAAUAAAUGAGGAUCUACUGUAUGUACA